GGUAUGGUAGAAAACUGACAGUGACAGAAUUGAAUUCAGGGAAUACACGCUAAGAUACUAUUAUAAGAUAUUCUUCACCCUUAAAGAGACUCACGCCUCCCUUGUUUCCUUCCCUCGAAGCCCUCCUUCUUCAAAGAAUUCCCAACUCUAUUUUUUUGUCAGCAAGGAUUCUUUGGUGAUAACAGAAGUCUCAAAAAGCAUCGAUCCUGUGUUAAUUACCUGCAACCGGGUGAUAUGGAUGCUCUAGUUCUCGCGUGUCCAACCCUACCCGGAUUCUUUGCUGGGUUCCUCUCCAUGUAUUUUUUAGGUUAUUUUGUGUUUUUUCGAAACUGGGAACUGAAACAUCGAAAAGAAGCUUCAAGCUGCCUCAUGUCGCUAGCUCAUGGCAGUCCUGCGGUUAUUAUGGCUGUCCGUGCACUACUACACAGCCAGACCUUAGGUGCCUUUGCUCAUCCCAACUCUGCUUUAGAAAACACAGUCCUUGAAUUCAGUAUGGCUUACUUCUUGGCAGACCUUCUUCACUACAUGGUAUUCUUCCCUGAUGAAACUCUCUUCAUACUUCACCAUUUAGCAACAUUAUAUGUGUUUGUCACUUGUCGUUAUAUGAUCCAUUAUGGAGCACACGGACUUCUUCUGCUACUCAUACUUGCCGAGGUUACAAGUGCUUGCCAGAAUGUCUGGAGCAUUGCCGGUAGCCGGAAAGCUGAUGUUCCCGCCGCUGCAAGAUUGCAUGAAUUUUUGGCGGUUCCGUUCUAUGCCCUCUACUCUCUCGUUAGAGGUAUUCUCGGUCCUGUCUGUUUGUUUAAGAUGGGGGUGUUUUAUCUGAAUGGAGGAGCUCACGGUUUGAUUCCUGCAUGGGCUUGGAUUUCUUGGAUGGUUGUGAUUGGAAGUGCAAUAUUGGUUAGCAUAUUGUGGGUUUCAAAUCUCUGGGCAGAAUGGAUUAGAGAGAGAAGCCAUCGAGCACACAAGAAAGUUGGGUAGAGCUCGGGGGUUCUCUCGAGGGUUGCUGUAUUAUUUAAAUUGGCUUUCGCAAUUGUGGGUUUAACAUGUGUCAUGAUGCCCUGCCCUGUAAUUUGGGGGUUUGUAAUUAUACUGAUAGGUGGGCUAGGAGAAGAUAGAACAUUUAUCUAAUCAAUGAAAUUGUUUAGCAGA